AUGAGUUUUCUUUCCAAGCUUUCCCAAAUACGAAAAUCGACGACUGCAUCGAAAGCCCAAGUGCAAGCUCCAUUACCUAAAAAGAAUGACGAGGAAUAUUCUUUGUUACCUAAAAAUUACAUAAGAGACGAAGAUCCUGCAGUGAAGAGAUUGAAGGAAUUAAGGCGGCAGGAGUUGUUGAAGAAUGGUGCUUUGGCUAAAAAAAGUGGUGUAAAACGGAAACGUGGCACCUCAUCUGGAUCUGAAAAGAAAAAAACAGAGAGGAAUGAUGAUGAUGAAGGUGGCCUUGGAAUCAGGUUCAAGAGAUCUAUUGGAGCCAGUCAUGCACCACUCAAGCCAGUUGUGCGGAAGAAGCCUGAACCUAUCAAAAAGAUGACAUUUGAAGAGCUAAUGAAACAAGCGGAAAAUAAUGAGAAACAGCCUCCAAAAGUUAAGUCACUGGAACCUGUAACUAAGGAGCGCCCACAUUUUAACAAGCCUGGUUUUAAAAGUUCGAAGAGGCUACAAAAGAAAGCAUCCCCUGGCGCGACAUUGCGUGGAACACCUUCUAGAGGCAAUAGCAUAAAAUCUUCUGAGUCACCCAAGCCAGUGAGGCUCAACUUGCCUACCAAUGGAUUUGCCCAACCUAAUAGGAGAUUAAAAGAAAAACUGGAAUUUAGAAAACAGAAAUCAAGGUACCAAGAUGACUAUUACGAAGAAGAUAACGAUAUGGAUGAUUUUAUAGAAGAUGAUGAGGAUGAAGGCUACCACAGCAAAUCGAAGCAUAUUAAUGGUCCCGGGUAUGAUCGUGACGAAAUUUGGGCAAUGUUUAAUAGGGGCAAAAAGCGGUCAGAAUAUGAUUACGAUGAGCUUGAAGAUGACGAUAUGGAAGCCAAUGAAAUGGAAAUCUUGGAAGAAGAAGAAAUGGCAAGAAAAAUGGCAAGAUUAGAGGAUAAACGUGAGGAAGCGUGGUUAAAAAAGCAUGAAGAAGAGAAGAAACGUCGUAAGAAGGGUGUCCGCUAG